AUGGGAAACAGUUGCAAGAAAAUCAUGUACGCCAAACGUAACAGAACACCACCUGACGAUUUCAAUCAGCGUUUUGAUUUCCAAAGCGAUAACAACUCAAGUUGGGACAACCCAAGUUACUAUAAUGAGUUAUAUAUCCGAAAUUUUAAUUGUGAAAACGAAUUUUUAAAUAAUAAUAAUAACACCUUAUCAUUGGACAAUGAAGGAAAUUUCAUGGCAAAUAAUUCGUUAGUAUAUAUUAAUGAAUUGUAUGAUAUUUUAGAAAAUGAAAAUAAAGUGAAGAUAAAAAAAGUUGAUAACUCAGAUAUAGAGGAAUUUCUUAUUAUAGAAAAGCAUAUUAAAUUAAAAAGGAAAAAGAAAAAAAUUAAUCCUUUCAAAAAGAAAAAAGAAAAAUUUGGAAAAGAUGAAGAAAAUAAUAAAUUACCUUUGCACAAAAGUGAUGGUAAUGAUAAGUAUAAAUUUGUUGUGCCUUCUUUUCCUGGGGAUUCUUCUCAGAAUAAAAAAAAAAGUAAAAUAAAAGAUAGAACACAUUCAAAAAACACAGAGUUGGAAACAUGGUGUAGUUCUUCAAAUGAUAAUAGAUAUGAUAUAUUCGAGGAGGACAGAAGGCAUAUACUGAAACAAAAGCAACAAAAAGAGAAGGCUGGUGCAAAGGGGAGUGAUCAGAAGGGUGGAACCAAGGAUAGUAAUAAUGAUAAGUCUAAGAAUAAAGUUCAUAAUAAUGCUAAGACUAAGGAUAAAGUUGAUAAUAAGGCUAAGGAUAAGAAUAAAACUGAUAAUAAUGCUAAGGGUAAUCCGAACGGUAAUACUAACAACCUACGUAAUCAGCAGAAUAUGGAUCACGAGUUCAAUCUAAGAUUUGAAAACAGUGAAGAAUUAGAUUCCAUAAAGGGAAAGGAGCUCAACAAUGGAACCAAGAGAUUUCGUGAACCAUUUCCAGAUUAA